GCGUUGUUUCUCUACGAUGGCAGGGUUCCGCGGCGGGCGUGUUUGAGGCGACUGUCGAAGGCAUGACGUGGCAAACCGUGCGAGGAUUGGCAGAGAUGGACAGUCAUGGCUGCUCAAACGUUCUACGCGACGAAGAGAUCGACGCUGUGGCGAUGGCGGUGACUGCCGUCGUCGUAAACACGAUAGGCGACAAGGAGUCCUCGUCGCGCGACAUGCUGACGCGACUCUGGCAACGAAGAUCGCUAUUGCAGAGCGUUGCAGAGGCGCCGGAUUGCGCGGCCACGUGUGAGGCAGUCGUCCAGUUGUGUGCCUCGGUGACGUCUGGCAUUUUCCUGCGGCAGACUCUGCGAUGGUGGAUCAAACGACGGACUGGCGGGACAUGGGAGGACCUCCGGCUUCGGGACGACGCGACGGACGAGUACUUCCGGCAGAAGCUGCGCAUGUCGACGGCCAUGUUCAACCACAUCGUAGUCGCAUGCGCCGCGUAUAUGGAGAAGAAAGUGACGCACUAUCGAAUGUCAUUGCCAGUGGAGCAGCUGAUUGCUUUCGCGUUAUACAGGUGGGCGUCCGGAGAGACGUACGAGAGUGGCACGUCAGCAUUUGGCAUCGGCAGGGCAAGUGGACUGCAGGUCGUCCGCGACGUCACUUCGGCACCGCUGCAGGCGUACCCCGACGCGAUAAAGUGGCCAAUGGGCAGGAGACGUGCGCAGAUUCUGCGCGCUUUCCGUGAGAAGGGUUUCCCAAACUGCUUCGGCGCUAUCGACUGUACACACAUCUACAUUGACAAGCCCGCCGGCGCACCUUCCGAGAACUACUACGACCGCAAAUAAAAGUUCUCCGUGCAGGAGCAGGUGGUCGUGGAUUUGGAUUUGCGGAUCCUCGAUGUCCACGUCGGAUACCCUGGAAGUG